GAGAAGAAGACGGCGGCGACGAUGACGCCACCACCUGCCGCCGUGGACUUCGCUGCCAAUCUGCAUUUACUAGCGGAUGUCGCUAUAGCGGAAAACAAGGUGGAGAAGGCUGCUCUUGACGUCGUAAUAGCCUCACACCGCCACUCCCGCCGCCAAGUCUCUCCGGGAAAGAAUGGUUUUGGAGAAAGUCAGGAGCAACAUCAACAACAGGGAUUUCGUCAAGAUGGCCGCCGCCGCCAUGCCCUGGACUCCGCCUGCGGCCCAUAAUAGAAGCAAGAGGGUAACACCUUCUCCCGAGCCCGCCGUCAAAGAAGAAGUGAAGAAGAAGACGAUCAAGAAAAGGGUCCAAAAUCACGACUUUCAAGGCCAGGCGCCGGCGGACUUGCCAGAGGCGUUCAGGCGGCGGAUCCGGGAGCUGGCGGGGCCGGACGCGGUCGUCUCCGAGGAGAGGCUUCUGAUCCAGAAGGCGCUGACGGCGAGCGACGUGGGGAAGAACCAAAGCAGGCUGACGAUGCCGGUGCGGAGGAUGGUGGGGAGCUGGAGGGGGUUCCUGAGGGAGGAAGAGGAGUGGGUGCUGAUGCAGAGGGAGGGGGGCAGGGUGGGGUCCAUCGACGGCGUGCCCCUCGUGGACCCCUCCCUGAGGCGGUGCGGCGUGAGCCUGCGGCGGUGGGUGAUGAGGAAGGGGAGGGGGAGGAGGAGCAGCGUCUCCCUCGUCAUCACCAAGAAGUGGAAGGAGAUCUUCACGCGCCUCCGGCUCACAGAGGGUUUGGUCGUCCAAGUCUGGAGCUGUCGGGUCAAUGAAGAGCUGUGGCUCGCGCUCGUUAGGGUAUGACAAAUGACCGUGCCAUUCUUUCGUUACUUCUCGUUGAUCAUUUGUGUACGUCGUUUAAUUGAUUAGUUGCCGUAACUUUGUUAUUUAAUCUGGUGUUUGCCACGGUUCGUUUGUCGUCCAAGAUUUGUUGCUGUUGCUGUUGUUGUUUUAGGGAUCAAAAUUAGGUAUAUACAUAAAUGUUCCUUGACAGU